CCGCAUGUCGUAAAAAGAAAAAAGAAGUUUUCAAGUCAAAUUAAAAACAAGAAAGCAUAAAAAUGGCAACGGGUGAACUAAGUGAAGCCCAAUUGAAACUGGCGACAGAUCUAGAACUUGAAAUGAUGGCUGAUAUGUACAACAGAAUGACAAACGUAUGUCAGAAAAAAUGUAUUCCAGCUAAAUACAAAGAACCUGACUUGUCCAAAGGUGAGGCUGUGUGUAUAGAUCGCUGUGUAGCUAAAUAUUUAGAAAUUCAUGAUAGGAUUGGUAAAAAAUUAACAACGCUUUCUCAACAAGAUGAAGCAACCAUGAAAAAACUUCAAGAGACUCAGAUGGCCCCACCCAAGUGAUGAUUAUGGAUAUUAGGAUUAUUUUAAUUAUAAAGUGGUUAAGUGAGGAAUGUAAAUGGAUGAUUGAAUAGUGUGCUGUAAGACUAGAAUCAAAGUCAUCAAAUACUGUAUUGUGUAUAAUAUAAUAUGUGCUGUUCAAUUGGUUAUUAGUCUAUUUUGUUUUAAGAAUUUUGGUAUUCCAGUGCUAUACAUCUGAAUUUUCAUCAUAUCUGCAGGGUUUGUAUUAAACUAAGCCAGCUACACUUGAAUUUGUGAGUGUGGAAAUGAGUUUAGAGCUAUUUAUAUCUGAUUAGAAAGGGUGAAAAUCAUGUAAACAAAAUAAUAAAAUUUAUUUGCCGCUACCUGUUUGAAGAUCAUAUUCCUUCUAGUUAAUAAAUAUUCUAAAGUAUGGUUUUGAUCUUCUGUCAGCUUUCAUAUACUGGAAGUGAACUUCAUUUCUUUACCGAAAAAUCUUGAUUAUUUCUGUAUCGUCCAUAUUAAUCAAAACAUUUAAUGACAUGCUGCUUUUGUUCUGUUUACAUUCUCUAACAAAUUGUCUAUAACGAACGAUAUGAUUUUCCUAGAAAGAUCUCAGGACCAAUUUUGACAAUAUUUAGCUAUUAUGUAAUUUCUAAUUUCUAUUACCAUGGGCUGGAGGAAGUAUGACAAAUGGGGGUGUGGUGUGGACACAAUGCUGAAUUGUAAGAUAUUAAAAAAAUCAGGAGAUUGUAAAAAUGUACAUACUUUGUCAAAAAGUUUUGAAUAUGAUAUGAUAUAAGUAUGGUAUGUAAUGUGAUAAAUUCUAACUUUUUUUUGAAGAGCAUAUCUAUAUAUCAUAUUUGUAGUUAGAAACAUAAAUUUUGGAGCACUAAUCAAAUCUAACAAAACCAUCAGCCUUAUUGUUAAUUCUCAUCUAAUACUAAUAGCACCUCAUACUUGUUCUCCUCUCAAUGAAUCCCCAAAUUGAUCAAAUGGUAAUUAUGUUUAUUUGAAAAUUUAUUAGUCAGAUAUAAUAAUUGUUGAUAUAGGUAUUUUAAUUUAGAAUAUUAUUUUUUCAUUUUUUUUCUCACAUUUGUUGUUUUAUAUGCUAAGAGAAUAUAUAUCAAGAUGUAUCUGUAGAUUUGAAUAUAAGUAGUAAGAGUAAAUAAAAAAUGUAUAAUAUUA